UUUGGUUAUAUUUCGUCUUGUUGUUGUUCGCGUGUCGUCAAAAGCAAUCCGUGGUGAAGCCAAGCAAUUGAUACGCACUGCAAAAACACAUGAAGUUUUCCGCUUCCUCGCAAGGGCACAAGUUAAUCUCGAGGCGUCUUUAACUUUGCGCGUCUAUCCUUCAACGCUUUGAAACUUAACACCACGCUAUCUUAGACGGUAGGGUUUCAACGCUGUUACGCGAGUUCAUUCAACUGUCGGUUUCCAUGCCACAUAGCCUUUAAAAAGAGCCCAAGCACGAUUCAAUCUCAAAGCGCAGUUUUUUUAACGGGGAAUUGGACAAGGCAGCAAACAUGUCGAUAGACCAGGCGUCGGAGAAUUUGCAAGUGUUAGAUUGGGUGAUUAUUGCGGCGUACUUCGUCCUUUGUCUUGGCGUUGGGUUAUUGGCCAAGCUGAGGAAGUUGCGCGGAUCUUCGGAGACUGCCGAAGGGUAUUUUCUUGCAGGACGAUCCAUGAUGUGGUGGGCGGUAGGUCCCAGUCUUUUUGCAAGUAACAUGGGCAGCGAGCAUUUCAUCGGUCUUGCGGGAUCUGGGGCGGCCACUGGCAUAGCCGUCGUCUCAUAUGAAUGGCAGGCAGUCUGGGUACUUCUUCUCCUCGGCUACGUGUUUGUCCCGAUUUACUUGAAGUCGAGGGUAUUCACGAUGCCUGAGUACCUGAACAAGAGGUUUCAGAGCCGCUCUGUACGGACCUACCUAACGAUCGCAGCACUUAUUUCCUAUGUCUUUACCAAGACUUCGGUUGAUAUCUACGCAGGUAGCGUGUUCCUGUACGAAGCUAUCGGUUGGAAUAUCUACGUGUCCGCCGCUGUCAUUUUAGCGAUCACUGCAAUCUAUACGAUGCUGGGGGGGCUGAUGGCCGUCAUCUUCACUGAUGUCUUGCAGUGCGCCAUCAUGAUCAUCGGGGCGAUCGUACUAGCAAUAUUAAGUUUUAUGAAAGUGGGUGGCCAUGAUGGUCUUUGGUCCAAAUUCGGGUCUUCCAUGGGCAACACCUGGGAGGAUCCUCUGCUGAACACUUCAACACCCAACACCACCAUGAGCACCAUGAGCACCAUUGCAGCCACCACUUCCGCCCUGAAUUUGACCAACAGCAGUGUAGCGCUGGGGGCCCAGUCAUGUUACAAGUUGACGCAGUACUGGGGGAACAUGUUCCGUCCCCUGGACGACCCCGAUUACCCAUGGCUGGGGUUAUGGACCACCCUGCCCAUCAUGGGGGUGUGGUACUGGUGCACUGACCAGGUGAUUGUGCAGCGGUCGCUGGGAGCUAAAAAUAACGUCCACGCCAAGGCUGGUUCGAUCUUCGCGGGUCUUCUCAAGAUUCUACCCCUCUUUAUCAUGGUUAUGCCUGGGAUGAUCAGUAGAGUGCUCUUCCCAGACUCCAUUGCGUGCCCUGACAGUCGAAGCUGUAUGAAGCACUGUGGCAACGAAUGGGGAUGCACUAACAACGCCUAUCCCAAGCUGGUGUUGAACGUUCUACCUACUGGCCUUGUCGGCCUUAUGAUGGCGGUGAUGAUGGCCGCUCUCAUGUCUUCCCUCUCGUCCGCUUUCAACAGCAGCGCGACCAUCUUCACUGUCGAUGUCUGGCUUGUCUGUAGGCCUAAGGCCAAGGAGCGCGAGAAGUUGAUCGUGGGUAGAGUGGUGGUCUUGAUCCUUGUAGGAGUCAGCCUCGUGUGGUUACCAAUCAUCCAAGGCGCGCUCGGCAGCCAACUGUUCGUGUACAUCCAGACAAUCCAGUCAUACCUGGCCCCUCCCAUCACCAUGACGUUCGGGCUCGGCAUCCUCUGGCCGCGUCUCACCGAAGCAGGAGCUCUGUGUGGUUUGCUAGUGGGACUAAUGAUGGGACUUCUAAAGUUUAUAUUCGGUAAUAUCUACACUCCGCCGUCAUGUGGUGUUCCCGAUGACCGACCUGGGUUCGUAAAGUUCCACUUUAUGUGGUAUGGUCUUGUGAUAUUCGGAGUGACCGGCGUAGUGGAGGUCCUAGUUAGCCUGUUCACCACGCCCGUCCCACGCGAGGAGCUGGGGGGUCUGACGUGGCCGACAAUUAACGACGCACCUCUCUCAUCCGGGGCUAUCGGCGAGGAGGGCGUGGAUAACUGGCAGGCAGACGAGGUGGUGUCCCCCCCGGAAUCAGGAGUCAAGCUGAACGCCAUCAAAAAGGCGCAGGAAAUUGGUGUCGACAACCCAACAGUGGAAGUGACCAAGAGCACUGACGACCUCGGCCAAGUCGACCUAGAGGCCACAUCUGACCGCGUAUACCUGGAGAUAGUUCAGUUUCAAGAGGAGGGCCCCCUAGUCAAAUGGGCCUUAAGGGCGUUCACCACGGCGACCCUGGGCGCCCUGGUCUUCCUGUGGGUGUUUUAUAGUUAGAUCACAAGUUAAGAGCGAUGAUGACCCCGCCAUUAGGUUUGUUUUAAGGACGCCAAUAGAAAAAGAAAAAGUAUACUAAGCCCAAAACAGUCUUCCCCCUACCUUCGACCGCCUACUCUCACCAUGGUAAGAACACUUUUUGCUGAAAAAAAAUCACAAUCGAUUCUCUCGUGAGGCUACCCUCGUUCGUAAACUAAUGUUCGUAAAGCAAUCAUCGAGCUUGCACCAAAGAACAUGGUUAACACAACCCGCCGUUAGAGGGGAGACGGAAUAUAACCUGAAGAAUAACACUAGUCUUUAUGGUUCUAGUGGUAUUUUAAGAGAAUAACAGUUUUAACCGAGGCGUGGAAAACUUACAACACAACUGCGCGCAAAGUAGAUGCUAAAGCCUAGUUUUCACUAAAACACAAGCGCGCAAAGUAGAUGCUAAAGCCUAGUUUUCACUAGAACACAAGCGCGCAAAGUAGAUGCUAAAGCCUAGUUUUCACUAGAACACAAGCGCGCAAAGUAGAUGCUAAAGCCUAGUUUUCACUAGAACACAAGCGCGCAAAGUAGAUGCUAAAGCCUAGUUUUCACUAGAACACAAGCGCAAAAGAGCGCGACUUUUUUAUUUUCUUGCGCUUGUGUUGACCGAUUUUCACUUGUUUUGCGUUUGUUCUCGCGUCCUUGUGAGAAUCAAUGUUAAAUACUAAUAUAAUAUUAAAUACUAAUAUAAUAUUAAAUACUAAUAUAAUAUUAAAUACUUAUAUAGUCCGAGACACAGCCCCUGUAGGCCGUGACAAGGUUUCUAGGUAGAAUUUCAAAAUGCUUUUGUGGUUGCAAAUAAUUACGGCUCUUUGUUUCGCUGAGUGUUUGUGUAAAAGUAGAACAGUGCAUCUCAUGUCGCUUGCUUUCAAAGCUUUCUUUAUCCAAUAAAAAUAUAUUAAAA